UCACCACCAACUGAGAGGGAGAGAGACCUGAAGCAAGUUUCAAAUUCGUCUCUAAUAUUUCUAGAACCAGAAACCUACAGAGCCACCCGCGUACAUUUUCAUGAUUGAAGCAUCCUAUCAGAGUAUCCAGUGUGGAAUGUUACGGUUACUGGUACGAGAGAUUCCAGCUUUGCUAGAAAGGCUACCAAAGUAAGACUUCUUUUAUAUCAUGGAGAGUGUAGUUAAGGAGUGUAUUACUCUGAAAACAGCGUACGGGGAAUUUUCGAGUGUGAAAUUUGGGAUUGUGCAAGAGAUUUUGAGAUUUUUAGUAAGUUUCAGGGACUUUAGGGAAUUCUUCGGAUUUGGGGAUUUUAGGGAUUGUACAAAUUUCGGCUAUCGAGAUUUUUUGGAAGACGUUUUGGGAUUGAUUUUUGAGAUUAAUAAACUCCUCGAGUUUAGUCAUGUAAGUGUAGAUGGUAAUUCCCUGGUUCAUAUAACUAUAAACGUAUUGAAAACAUGACCGCGGGGAGUCGAUGUUUUAUUUUAGAUUUCCGUUCACAUUCCCCAUUCCCCGGGGAUGCAUGAAAUUACCAUUUGCUUAUGGAAAGAAGUCAGAGGAUUUAGGGAAGAAAGUGACCCUGAAUCAGGAGAUCAACGUUAACAGUAGAGGAAGAAAAAUACAAUUAAAACUCGUAAAUAUAAGAUUCUCAAAAAGUUUUAAAUUUUCUUGCAACUGCAUAAUUUUUGUUUACUAAACAAUUGGCAUAUUAGCUUCGCCUCACCUGAGUAUUGACUACUCCCGAUCAGCAUCCAAUUAUCAACGUUUUGGACACAACGCUCCUGGAUACGGGAGGAAAGUGGCCUUUCCGAAUACCGUAAUAAUUUAGGAGUGGGAAAAAAGUAUCUCUACUGGUAACUAUACCGCUGAUUCCCAGUUUUAAAUAUAGCCGUUGAAAACAUGUGCGCGAUAAUACACCCUUCCGGAAAGUACGUCACUUGGAUAUGAAGCCUCGUUUUCGUGUGACAUUAGUUACAACGUAACGUCUCAAUCACGAAAACGAGGCUCUAUAGCCAAGGUGACGUACUUUUCAGAAGCGUGUAUUACGAGUAUACAUGCAUAAAAUAUAAAUCAUCGAAAAUUAUUUUUCACAACCUUUAAAAGGUUGUCGAUUAAUGAAGUUGUAACUCGUGUCUGCGUGAUUAUUAAAGGAAAAUUAUAAAGAAAAUGUAAUUAAAGUUUGAGCAAUAAAAGAACUGAAAAGUGUUGCUAAAGAUCGGCAGGAAGAUGUUGCCAGCCCAAAUACGCACAUGAAUUAACUGUCCACCAUUGUUACUAUAUAGUACGAUACUAUCAUACGAUACACUAUAUUCAUGGCACCUCAAUUUAAUGCAUUUUUGAACUAUCGACUUUUUGGAGUAAUUUAUGCUUGUAUUUCUUUUCUCUGCAGAUUGCCAGGUCAGAAUUCCUCCUCUGUCAAAGUUGGUUUCGUAACCUAUAAUUCGACGUUGCACUUUUACAAUGUAAAGGUAUGUCAGUUUGCGGAACAUGAGUAUACAUAUUGGGUAUUUGUUAUGAAUAAUGUUCAUCAAAGCAAUAUAAAUUCUUAUCUUUGCAGUCAAACCUUGCACAGCCACAGAUGAUGAUCGUCUCAGAUGUCAAUGAUGUAUUUGUUCCGUUGCUUGAUGGGUUUUUGGUUGAUGCAAAAGAAUCAAAAAUGGUGAUUGAAAGGUAUAAAUACGAUACGUUCAACAGAUUUUAAAUGAAAAUUAUCAUGUGCAAGCUCAGGACUUUACUUUUAUCGAAUUCGGUCACACCGUCUAUCAGCAAGGGGAUACACGCCAGCAUGACUAUGUUAUAUAGUUUCAACAGGCUACCGCCUUCUAAGACUGGAACACUUUUUAAGGCUGGAAUUCUAGCAAGAGAGAUUUUGUCAAAUAGGCCUAAAAUCUGUUUGUUUUAAAAACACGUUGUCUGACCUGAUUAUUAAGGAGGUUCAGGUUUCCACCACCUCUCACUGACUUAGUGCGUAUCUGAUUGAUUAAUCGGAUAUAUCAAAUGCAUCUGAUGAUGAUGAUGAUGAUGAUGAUGAUGAUGAUGAUAAACUUUAUUUAACCACGCUAACAUUGUCAGCAGAAGCUGGUUUCCACAAUGGGCGUGUAAAAAACAUUAACAAAUUGUUACAAGUAAAAUAAUAAGGAAGUAUUAACAUGCAGAAUAUAAAAUUAUUAAAAUAUAUACAAAAAGUUUGCUAUUUACAAUGAUGUGGUUUUCUUUAUAAGCUAUAGGUAGCGAUUUUUCUUUUAAAACUUGAGAGCGAAUUACUUUCUCUUAUAUUUUUUGGAAGAGAGUUCCAUAUGGAAGCUCCAUCAUACAUGAAACUCUUUUUCAUAUUGUUUGUGUUUGGCUUGGGCAAACGUAUGGUACUUGAGCUGUUACGAAGACUGCGGUUUAAUAUUUCUUUUUUGAAAGUAAAUAAUUCUUUGAGACAAUUUGGCCCCAUGUUAUAUAGCGUUUUAAACAUUAUUUUUGCCUUUGCUUUCACUCUUUGUUCCUUGAGUGGUUCCCAUCCUAAUAUAUUUAGCACAGUUUGUUGAUCUACCUCAUUAGGCACACAUGCUAUUACACGAGCAGCUCUGUUAUGAAGUUUUUGGAGACGCGUGGAUUGCGUUUCACCAAAUAUAUUCCAAACUUCACAACAGUAGCUAAAGUAUGGUUGAAUUAUAGCAUUGUAUACGGAAACGAGUGUUUUUUGAUCAACAUAUUCUUUAAUGCUUUUAAGAGCGUAUAUUCCAGAUGAUAUCUUUUUACAUAUAUUAUCUGUAUUGCUCUUCCAACACAAAUUUUCAUCAACAGUCACACCUAGUGUUUUACAUUGAAAAACCUGCUUUAUGGGUAUGUUUUGAAUGUGAAUUUUAAGUUGCUGAACAGAAGCUUUCUUCAGGAUCUGUUUAGUACCAAUAAUUUGAAAUUCAGUUUUCGCCACAUUCAAGCUCAGUUUGUUUGCCAUGAGCCAUUUACGAAGCAUUUCUAAAUCUGAGUUUACUGCAUCUUCAAGAUCACUUAAGCAUUCUCCAGCUGCUGUGAUAUUUGUAUCAUCAGCAAACAGCCGUGGUUUUGUUUUACUCAGACAUGCAGGUAGAUCAUUAAUAUAGAGUAAGAAGAAUAGUGGCCCCAAUAUAGACCCCUGGGGUACACCACAUUUGACGUCAUUUUCCCCUGAAAUAGAUCCAUUGACUUCACAUCUUUGAGUACGACCAGUUAAGUAUGAUUUGAGUAAUAGAAAUGCACUUCCUGUGAUUCCAACUAGUUUUAGUUUUUGCAAUAAGAUCUCAUGGUCAACAGUAUCGAAGGGUUUUUUUAAGUCUACAAAUACAACCAAAUUAAAAAGUUUUCUAUCCAUGUUUAUGUACCAAUCAUUUGUGCAAUCAAGUAAAGCUGUUGCAGUUGAAUGAAAUUGAUGUUCAGAAAGUAUGUUAUUUGCACUCAAAUAUUCAUAAAGUUGAGUAUAUAGGAUACGUUCCAUAAUUUUACUAAUGGCUGGCAACACAGAAAUUGGUCGAUAAUUUCCUGGCAAGUUUCGUUUGCCAUUCUUAAAAAGGGGAAUUACUCUUGCAAUUUUCCAUUCAUGUGGAAAAGUACAUAAAGUUAUUGCUUGAUUAAAGAUGUAAGUCAAUGAAUCGGAAAUUAAUGGUGCAGCAAUUUUGAUUAUCUUGCUGGAUAUUUUUUCCAGGCCAGUAGCUUUGCUACCAGACAGUUCACGUAAUAAAAGACAAACAUGACUAACAGUAACUGACUGGAAUGCAGUAAAUUCAGAAUUAGUUUUGUCAAGGAAGUCUUUAGAAUGACAUCCUGGUGUACUAAUUUCUUCGGCUAAAUUCGGUCCAAUAUUUGAAAAGAAGGUAUUGAAGCCCUCAGAAAUUUCAUCAGGGCUUGUUAAUUUUAUGCCAUUUAAGUUUAAUUCGUUUACUUUAGUUCUUUGAUUUUGUUUACCAAGUAAGGUAUUAAUUGUCUUCCAAGCAGCUUUUGGAUCUUGCUUUUCAGUCGCUAUUUUAUUGGAAUAAUAUUCCUUUUUGGUUUGUCUUAGAAGAUUGUUUGUUUCAUUUCUGGCUUUUUUAUAGUUAUCCCAAUCUGUUUCAAGUUUAGUGAUAAUUGCUUUUCUUUUCAAAUUAUCUCUUGCAAUUAUUAGUUUUUUGAUAUGACUAGUAAUCCAAGGAUUUUUUUUAGAUUUUGUUUUUUUGUUUUGAAUUGGGACAUGUUUAUCUAGGACUUGUAAGAAAAGUUGUUUCCAAAUUUCCCACAUAGUGUGAAAUUUGGUUAAUGGCCCUUAAUGGUAGUGGAAGCUGUAGUGUAGGGUCAAAUCUGAACCUCUCUAUUAUUUAUUACACGAGCUUUCGACCAUCUCAUUUUGGCUCAUCUCAUUGUGGCUCAUCUGUUCCUGCAUGUGGAAAACCACAGUAAGGUGAUCGAAAGGUGUAAUAAAUAAUAAUCAGCCAGAGAACGUGUUUGACAAAUUUAUGAUGUCUCAAUCUAUAGCUGCAUGCGCUUUUUCCAUAAGGCCUUAUCCUUAGGAAGUAAUGUUUGACAUUGUGGCAUCAUACUAUAUGGACGUAUUUACAAUAUAAAAGUGAGCUACAGGGAUUGUGCCUACGAAUGUAUAGAAUAAAGGAAGUACUACACAGAUAAUUUACCUUGGUUUCUGGACAAUAUUAUGUGUUAAUAAUAAGAUCUUGGUCGUCUCGAUUGAUAGAACUGAAUGAACAUGAAAUUUUCGAACGAAGAUUUAGAUACAAUUUUAGACCAACCCGGAAGCAGCUGCAAAAAUGUAACUUUAGACCCCUUUAGAACCUGCAGCCCUGCGAUUCCGGUGCAGUGCUGAAGGUUCGAUUCCUGCCGAAGGGCUUAUAAACUUUGCAUUUUUCGUAGCUGCUCCAAAUUACUGUAGGUCUAAAAUUGUAUAUAAAGUUAUGUUAUGUGUUAAAAUGACUAUUUUAUAUUAUUUAGUUUGGUGGAACAGAUAUCCAUAAUGUUUUCAGAAACGAGAGAAACUGAGAUUAUUUUAGCUCCUGUUGUGCAAGCGGGUCUGGAUGCUUUAAAGGUAUAAAUGUGUGUUGUGGGGGUGUAAACACUAUAGUAAAUUUGUGCAUGUGUUGGUGUUAUGUACUCAGGUGAAUAUGAUGUUUGUGAUGUUACUCCGAGUGUGCAUCCACACCAGGCAAGCUGAAAAGUUAAUUGCUUGGCCACGGUGGGAAUCGAACCCUUAAUUUUCUUAUUAUUUUAUACAUAACCAUGUUUGUCAGUAGUUAACUUAGGUUUAACCCCGGAAUCGGGCAAUAAUUUUGAAAAUAGUAAAAAAUGAGACACCAUUAUGCACUAUUUAUUUCUUUAUACUGGGUAAUUUUUUUUUUGCGUGAUUUUUUAUGAAUCACAUUCAAAACUCUAUCUCAUUUAUCAUCGACCAUCAUUCUCCACAGUCUGCAGGUAUCUCUGGCAAGCUGCUGAUAUUUCAUACUUCACUGCCUAUAUCUGAAGCUCCUGGAAAAUUAAAGAACAGAGAAGAAAGAAAAGUAUUAGCAACGGAGAAGGAGAAGGUAUGCCUUAUAGCCUAUAGCCGUUAUUUAUCUUUGUUUAGUCUAUUUACUAUUUAGUUUGGCGCCUUCCUCUUGACUCUUGUACUCUUAUACGUCAAGAGCUAUAUUUGAUGCAUGAACUGCCAUUGAAGGCAAGUGAUCAAUACAUGGAUCUAUGUUGUUCCCUUAUAAAAGAGUUAUCGGUUUCAAUUAUCCUGUUCAAUGAUCUCAAAGUACAGAAUUUUGAUGCGAUUUCUGGUGCGAUUUUCUUCUUCUGAUGGAUGUGAACGAGUGAAUGAGUUAUGAAUGUUCAGACGAGGGUAUAUAUACUUAAAACAUUCGUAACUCAUCUACUAGUGUAAACGGACCUUUAGAAUUCACUCACUACAAGACUAAACAAAACUUCCCAUUCGCAAAGAUAAAGGGCAUAACAUGUAAGCGUAUAUUGGAAGGUAAAUCCAUUUUUCCUUUCUUACUAAUAAUGCUCUUUUUCGUUUUUUAGACAAUCCUUUGUCCACAGACGAAUUUCUACGAGAAACUUGCCAAGAGUUGUGUAGAAUCCGGUGUAGCAGUUGAUCUCUUCCUCUUUCCAAAUGCUUAUAUGGACGUGGCAACUAUCGGUGCUUUGACUUCGUUCACAGGAGGACAGCUAUACAGAUACAACUUCUUUAAGGUCAGAUCAUCGCUUUCAUUGAGUUUCGUUAUGGUCAUGUAUGUUUUAGUUCAGUAUGUUGAGGUAUUAAAAACUGUCAUGCCAAGGCUAGGCGAGGUUCGCUAUAAGAAAGUGAUGCAAAACAACGUUAAAUGUAACGGAUUUUCCGUUGCAUUUGUCACGCUGUUGUCGUGUAGAUAAAGCCUGCGACGUACCGGCGACGAUGCCGGUGGUAGCUUAAAACGUGAAUUAUGUGAAUAUUUGUUCGCCGAUUGCCUCCAGUGCCACAGUUACAUCGGCGGUAGGCCGGGAAAGUUGACUUGAGUUCAACUUUGCCGGUAUUUCGGCGGCAAGUAGAGGCAUAAUGAUACAGUCGCAGGCAUACCGCAGGCAUAUGUGAACCAGGCUUAAGAGUGUGAUAUGCCAAAUUAGAUAAAAUUAUGAAGCAUCUGGCACAACUAUAAUGCUAUUGUAGGAGUAUACCGCUGACCAAAUGAACAUACAACCGGCAAACACAAAUCUUUACGAUUCUACAUAUUUUUCGACGAUAACCUACAAUCAUAGACAAAUUUACUCGGACAAACAUGGCAAAUAAAUUAUUUUUUGAAACAUUUUCAUAUAUACUUCGUAAAGUCGGUCCCCCCUCCCCUGAAACAAUGUUGAUGAACACUUCAGUCAUUAUGGCAACUAUUGCAGUAUCUGUAGCAACAACAUUGUAACGGGGGAGCGGGGAAUACGGCUGAAUAUGCGUAUAAUUAUUCAGUGACCGGGAGCGGGGAAUACGGCCGAAUAUGCGUAUAAUUAUUCGAUUCCUUUAAAUUUCAGCCUUUUUUUAUCAGCGUCCGCAUGUUAUUUGUCUAGGAUUGUAGCUACACUAUUCUCGAAUACAGUUUGCACUUCUCCUUUGUUGUCUGCAGUUCUCGACUACUGCUUGCUGUUCUCGAUGUACUUUUGUUCUCGAUGUACUUUUGACCUCCCAUAUUCACAUAUAAUUUCGAAAAUCUAAAAAGUCAACAAGAGUGGAAGUUAACGUAUUCAGUUUCUAGUCUUUGAUGAUUUUUCGGAACGGAUCUCUCUCCUCCGCAGAGGUUAUUUAUUCUAUUUAUAAUGUUCUUCGGUUCCGAGAACUAUCCGAAGAAUACCGAAGAACAUUAUAAAUAGAAUAGAUAACAUCUGCGGAGGAGCGAGGGAACGGAUUAGGUCAUAUUUGGUGUUCUUUGCUGUUUCAGGAAAGCACCCAUGGAGAACAAUUCAAGCAAGAUUUGAUUCAAAAUAUUGAGCGUAACGUUGGUUUAGAUACAAUCAUGAGAUUAAGGACUAGCACAGGUAAAGUAUACUUCGUUAGACGUUACACUAUAUUUGCUUGCGAUAAAGAUAUACAUUUGCGCUGUUGCCGUCAUAUUUUUCACACUUGAUCUGUCGAAAUAUAUUGUACAGAGUUCACACAAACUCGCUGAUUUUAAAGGUUUAUUCUUGCGAAACAUGAACUCCCCAAGCACAGGCGAUAUCACUAUACAGAUCCCUACCACGUGCCCUAACUUAUUGCAGUACACAAAGGAGAGUAAGGAAUUUUUGGAAUUUAAUUGUUUAUAAAAUUAGGACCAACGCCAAACAGACGUUUCCAUUGAAGUGGGCGGGGCUGGCAGCACGACGUGUUCUGAAAGAAGCCCGCCAUUUUGACUGUUUUCCGGGGGGGCUAGGAACAUGCCGGCCGGUUGCACUGACAUCUAAGGCGCCGACAAGGAGUCGGAAACGGACUUUUUUAAAGUUUUAUCUUGUGACCAAACUUAGUAGAAGUCGACUUGGAACAAGUCUAAGUAACUGCUAGCAUAAGGGAUGUUCGAUUUUUGAACAUAAGUCAUUUACCCAAAUUCAUCCAGUUCAGUAUGUUUUAUACAGAAAUUCAUACUGUUAGCUGUAGUCGAAUUCGUCCGUUUCCAUGCGCCCCGUGGCCGCGUGUGAACUCGAAAGAUAGAUAGAUAGAUAGAUAGAUAGAUAGAUAGAUAGAUAGAUAGAUAGAUAGAUAGAUAGAUAGAUAGAUAGAUAGGCAAAUUUGAGGACGGUUUCGAAUUCAUCUGAUCCUGUGGUAACCCGUACAUUGACCCCACUUGCUCUCACAUGUCGUUGCUUUGUUUUUGUAGGUCUACGACCGUGCGAGUUUUAUGGUAAUUUCAACAUGAAUAAUACAACAGAUGUUGAACUGGCUUUGGUUAAUUCGCAAACGGUAAUAAUAUUACUGAAUUCGCUGCCAUACCUAUGAAGGUGUGCUACAAUAAUAAGUUCUACGUUGAAGUGCAAGCAUUUUUUCAACCAGACUGUUUUAUGUAAAUUUAAAUGCAUCAAAAAAAUAUCAGCAAAUAUCCCCUUAAACAAUAUUUUUCUUGUGCAUAUUAUUAUGCUAAUGAUGAUUGAUGCCACCCCUCAUUUCACGCUACGGCCCCUCACUCACCCACUCAUAAUUAUGUUAGUACGACCAACGUCGGUGGCAACUAGUGUAUGUGGGAUAAGCGCUAUACCCUGGUCAAUUUCUCACCAGUAACAGCGUCGUUGUGUAUCCCUGAAUACAGCUCAAAAUAUAUAAGAUCCAAUUAAAUAAGUAUUUUCUUAAUCUAUUUUCUUCACGUUUAGUCGGUUGUUAUUGAAAUCAGGCAUGAUGAUAAACUCGCAGAAGACAGCGUCGCUUAUUUACAAGUAAGUAUCGUUAUACGAAGUGAUAAUAAUUCAUUUCUGGAGGAAAUAUGAGGGCAAAUCUUGCGAUUCUUCGAUUGAAGUGAUAAUAUAGUAUAUAUGAUUGAAAAUUAUUAUUUUGCAGUGUGCUUUGCUGUAUACAAGCGUGAGCGGUCAAAGACGUCUACGAAUUCACAACCUUGCACUAUCCACGUGUGGUCAACUUACUGAUUUAUUUAGAUGUUGUGAAAUGGAUACAUUUACGAAUUACGUCGCUAAACACGGUAUGCAUAAGUUCAGUACAAUAUAUAUGGUUAUCUAUGUUACAAAUCGCAUCUCUAUUGAGCCAUUUAGUUGCAAUGCCAGUGGACCCCAAUCAUAAAUAUCUUAUCUUAGACAGACAGACAGACAGACAGACAGACAGACAGACAGACAGACAGACAGACAGACAGACAGACAGACAGACAGACAGACAGACAGACAGACAGACAGACAGACCCACAGACAGACAGACAGACAGACAGACAGACAGACAGACAGACAGACAGACAGACAGACAGACAGACAGACAGACAGACAGACAGACAGACAGACGUACACGCGUAACAACUAUAGGUCCUAUAGUGAUUGAUGAGUACCCCGUGUACGUGUACUUGUAGGCUGUAAUAAUAAUUGUAUUAGUAAAGAUAAUUAGUACCCUGUUGUAUUAGUGACUGAGUA